AUGACGACACGGCCAAUGAAACUUGAGGCUGGAAUGGGCUGGCGCCAAAUGAACCUCGCCGGGGCAAGCCGGGCAUCAUCGUUUCUCCUUCUGCCGAGCGCACGGACCGAGUUCCAGGUUGGGAACAGCCCAGAGCCUCGUCGCAUCGGCCCACCUGCAGUGGGACAGUUGCAGGCAAUUAUGGCGGCCACUUUUGGCUUGCCCGAUGAUGAGAUCGACCGGCUACUUUCGGAAGCCGAGGCUCGCCUUUCUGGCAAUGGCAGUUUAGACGCUGUCGCUGUUGCUGGUGUAGCCGCUGCAGCUGCAAAGACACCAGCAACCAUCGUGGCGCCUCCCGCGCCAACUGCUGGGGAACAGACGUCAGUCCCCGAGAAGAAGUCUGAGAAGCUGACUGUUCGGGUUCCCCAGCUUCCCCAGAAGAACAAGGGACCCAAAGAUACGCUGGGCGCCGAUUGGUUCAACUUGCCGCGUACCAACCUUACGCCCGAACUGAAGCGCGAUUUGCAAGCUUUGAGGAUGCGUGACGUGGCCGCCAUGGGCAAGCAGUUCUUCAAGAAGGAUUCUCGCAAGGACCUCAUCCCGGAGUACAGCCAAGUCGGGACUAUCAUUGCGGGAGCAACAGAGGGCGUAAACAGCCGUCUGACGCGCAAGGAAAAGAAGCGAACGAUUGUCGAGGAGAUCCUGGCGAGUGAGAACGUUGGCAAGCUCAAGAGCAAGUACUCAAGAUAUCCAAGAGAAGAAGAGGAGCGGGAAGAAGGGAACCAGUCCCACUUGCUCAGGACGAAGCACAAUGUGCUGGCAGGUGGGAAUCAUGCAGCAACCCUUCGGACGGUGGAAAUGGACUUCUUGGCGAUACUAGCCUGUGACAGACAGAAGAACGAGGAUCUUAUCGAUAACAACCCUAGCCAACAUCGCGCCAAAAACUCGGCUGAACGGUUGGAGGUGUUGCACUCAACAUCCACAGUUGUCGAGGGUCACGCAGAGAUGAAUCCGCCGCGGUUAAUACGGCCAUUACGGCCUUUCCUCCAAGGGCAAUUGCCCCUCACAGCCCCUCGAUCGGCCGUGGUCGGCAUCCCGCGCGCCUCGAUCCAGCUUCGAACCUAUGCUUCGGUUGAAGUGCCUAGUACCGGAGAGAAGUCGAGCGCCACACCACCCGCCCAAAAUGCGAAAUCCGACAAGCCGGCCGUCUCCCGAAUGCCCCGUGCCCUGGAGGCACUCUACCUGAAGCCGCUCCGGCGCGAGGUCGAGUACGGCGUGCCGUCCUGCAACCUGCAGCUGCGCUCCUACUCGGUGCGCAACCUCGAGUUCUUCUGCGACUUCGCUCUGCGCGCCGCCUACUACCUCGGCCUGCCUGCGUUCGGCCCCGUGCCGCUGCCGCGCAAAGUCCAGCGCUGGACGGUGCCCAAGUCGACCUUCAUCUUCAAGAAGAGCCAGGAAAACUUUGAGCGCAUCACCCUGCGCCGCAUGAUUCAGAUCCGCGACGGGAACCCGGAGACGGUGCAACUGUGGUUGGCGUUUCUGCAGAAGCAUGCUUACUAUGGGAUCGGUAUGAAGGCGAACGUUUGGGAGUUUAGCAAGCUGGGCGUCGGAAAGGAGAUGGACAAGAGCCUCGAACAAACGGAGAAAUUGAUGGAGGACAAGUGGGAGCACCUGAGCUACGUGGAGCGGCGGCCAGAGUUCCAGAAAAAGAAGGACAGGGGCCCUCGCGAGCAGCUGCCUCCAGCAGAGGAUAUGGAAGCGUUCCUAGCGUCAGAGAGGAGGAAGAUUGCAGGCGGCCGGAAGAAUCAUCCCAAACUAGAUAGACUUUACUAUGUACGAAAAGCAAAGACGGAAGCAGAAGAGCCACCAGUCGGCCAAGAUACGGCAAAGAUCUCAUUGCCGGAGGGUGAGAAACCGUCGGAAAACGGCCCCAAAAUCAUCUUCUCGGGUAUACAACCUACGGGCAGGCCUCACCUCGGCAACUACCUCGGGGCCCUGAAGCAAUGGAAACAUCUGCAGGACACGGCUCACCCGGACACGAAGCUUUUUUUUUGUAUUGUUGACCUACACGCCAUGACCACACCCCACGCCCGAGGGGAAAUGCAGGACCUCAGAUGGGAUAUGAUGGCCAGCUUGCUCGCCUUGGGACUCGACCCGGAUCGGUGCACCAUCUUCUUUCAGUCGACCGUACCGCAACACGCCGAGCUGCAGUGGAUCCUGAGCUGCACUGCCUCUACAGGCUACUUAUCACGCAUGACACAGUGGAAAGCGGCCGACAUCCUGCUUUACGGCACCACCCACGUCCCCGUCGGCGAAGACCAGCGCCAGCAUCUCGAGUUCACCCGAGAAUGCGUUUCCAACUUCAACUACGCCUACAAGACGGACCUUUUCGCGGCGCCCGAGACCUUGAUCUCUCCUUUCCCCCGCAUCAUGUCCCUGACAACACCGCGCCAAAAAAUGUCCAAAUCCGACUCCGCGAUCAAGUCGCUCCUCCACGUCACCAGCUCGCCCAAGAAAAUCACCCAGAGGAUUUCCCAGGCCGUUACCGACUCCCGCAACGAGGUCACCUACGACCCGGAAAACAGAGCGGGAGUGGCCAACCUUAUCCACCUCCUAUCCGGCUUCGAUCCCAAGGGCCGCACCCCCGAGGAGCUGGGCGAGACGAUGAAAGGGUAUAAAAUCUCCGAGCUAAAGCAGGUUGUAAUUGAGGUUCUCACCGACGAGCUCGCCGAGACCCGGGUGAACUUCGCGCGGCUUUCGUCAGAUAGAGACAAGCUACGAGAGAUCUCGGCUCAAGGCACUCAGAAGGCGAGGCUCCAGGCAGAGAAAAUUAUGGCCAAGGUGAAGGACGUCACUGGUAUAUUUUGA